GGCCGCCGCCGCCUCCCCGCGCCCUCGCCUUUGCUUUCGUCCAUCGCCGGCUCUCGCUGUCACGUAGCCGCGGGAGGAGGCGGUGGGACGGCAGGGAGGGGGCAGACGGCCGCGGGCCGCCGUGGGGCAUCCGGGGAGCCGCAGUUCCCGCCCAGGCGCGGCCGCGCUUUACGGCAGGACGUAACGGCGCGGGAAGGCGCGGGAAGGCGCGUCCCGUCCCGCCGGCGGGUGCGGCAGCGCGCGCGCAGGCCCCGGCCGCAGGACAAGGACCCAGCAGCAUGCCGUGGCCCGCCGGGAGCUGCCGGCGCCCCCUGCCAUGACCCUUGGAGCGCGGCUCUUCGCCAGCUGCGGGGUGAGGAUGCUGCCGCAGCCCUGGCGCCUCUUCUCCCGGGCUGCAGAGGACAUGGCCUUGCAGAGGAUCCGGAAGGUCCUGUGCGUGGCCGAGAAGAACGAUGCUGCCCGAGGGAUUGCAGAUCUGCUCUCCAACAGCAGGAUGCGACGGCGAGAGGGGUUUUCCAAGUUCAACAAGAUCUAUGAAUACGACUACCAGCUGUUUGGUCAGAAUGUUACUAUGGUGAUGACAUCUGUGUCAGGGCACUUGCUGGCUCAUGAUUUCAAGAUGCCAUUUCGCAAAUGGCAUGGCUGCAACCCUCUAGCUCUUUUUGAUGCUGAAAUCGAGAAGUAUUGCCCUGAAAAUUACCUGGAUAUCAAGAGAACCCUUGAACGAGAGGUCCAGCAGUGCCAAGCUCUGGUGAUCUGGACCGACUGCGAUCGAGAGGGAGAGAAUAUCGGCUUUGAGAUCAUUCACGUGUGCAAAGCUGUAAAGCCAAACCUGCAGGUCUUCCGAGCCCGUUUCUCAGAGAUUACACUUCAUGCUGUCAGAACAGCCUGCCAGAACCUCACCCAGCCUGACCAAAGAACCAGCGAUGCUGUUGACGUCAGGCAGGAGCUGGACCUCAGGAUAGGGGCUGCCUUCACCAGAUUCCAGACACUGAGGCUCCGGAGGAUCUUCCCCGAUAUUUUAGCAGAUCAGCUGAUCAGCUAUGGUAGCUGCCAGUUCCCAACGCUGGGGUUUGUAGUUGAACGCUUCAAAGCCAUCCAGGCCUUUGUUCCUGAAGCCUUCUAUAAAAUCAAAGUGACACAUGAUCAUGAAGAUGGCAGCGUGGUCUUCAACUGGAAGAGGAACCGGCUCUUCAGUCACACAGCGUGCCUGGUCCUUUACCAGAUGUGUAUGGAGGAUCCAGUAGCAACUGUUGUUGAGGUUGGGAGCAAGCCAAAGAGCAAGUGGAGGCCCCUGCCCCUGGACACUGUGGAACUUGAGAAGUUGGCUUCCCGCAAACUGAAAAUAAAUGCAAAGGAAACCAUGAGAAUAGCAGAAAAACUCUAUACUCAAGGGUUCAUUAGCUACCCUCGAACAGAGACCAACAUUUUCCCCAAGGAGCUGAACCUCUCAGCCUUAGUACAACAGCAAACACAGGAUCCAAACUGGGGAGCAUUCGCACAGAGGAUCUUGGAUCAGGGUGGGCCAACCCCUCGGAGUGGAACCAAAUCCGAUCAGGCUCACCCUCCCAUUCACCCCACAAAAUACAGUGCUAACCUGCAGGGCAACGAGCAGAGGCUGUAUGAGUUCAUCGUGCGCCAUUUUUUGGCUUGCUGCUCUCAAGAUGCCAAAGGGCAGGAAACAACGGUAGAGAUUGACAUUGCUAAUGAGCGAUUUAUUGCUCAAGGACUAAUGAUCCUGGCCCGAAAUUAUCUGGAAGUCUACCCUUACGAGAAGUGGAGCGAUAAGGUUAUCCCACUGUAUCAGAAAGGGUCUCGCUUUCAGCCCACUACAGUGGAGAUGGUGGAUGGGGAAACCAGCCCUCCAUUGCUCCUCACAGAAGCGGAUCUGAUUGCUCUCAUGGAGAAACAUGGCAUUGGGACUGAUGCAACUCACGCCGAGCACAUUGAGACGAUUAAGACACGGAUGUACGUGGGCCUUACGGCGGAUCAGCGGUUCCUCCCCGGCCACCUGGGCAUGGGGCUGGUUGAAGGCUAUGAUUCCAUGGGCUACGAGAUGUCCAAGCCUGACCUUCGAGCUGAGCUGGAGGCUGACCUGAAACUGAUCUGUGAGGGGAAGAAAGACAAAUCUGCUGUGUUGCAGCAGCAAGUCCAAAAGUACAAGCAAGUCUUCAUCGAAGCUGUGGCCAGAGCCAACAAGUUAGACCAGGCCCUGGCGCAGUAUUUUGGAGAAGCCACAGAAAUUGCAGAGCAAGAGGAGGUCUACCCAGCAAUGCCUGUUCCUGUCCGGAAGUGUCCACAGUGUAACAAUGACAUGGUCCUGAAGACCAGGAAGAACGGCGGGUUUUAUCUCAGCUGCACAGGCUACCCAACUUGUAAAGUUGCAGUCUGGUUUCCUGAUUUUGUGCUGGACGUGGCCAGGGAUGAGAGUGUCUGUGCUGUGUGUAAACCUCAUCCAGUUCACAGACUGAAGUUUAAGUUCAAGAGAGGCAGUGUUCCACCCAUGAUGCCCCUGGAGUUCAUUGGUUGCAUCGGGGGCUGCGAUGACAUGCUAAAGGAGCUCCUGGACCUGAAGUACUUACACAGGUCAUCCCAGCCCACAUCAGCCAGCCAGCAAGCGAAUCACCUGCAGGCCAACAGCUCCUUCAACAGAGCCAGUGGCGACAACAGGCACGUGAGGGGGAACACAAACCUGGCACCAGGACAUCUGCUGUCUUUGAGCUCAGCGAGAACACCCAGGGCCGCUCCUCCUGCUGCUCCAGAGGACGGGACCAACGCGGUGGUGUGCAACUGCGGGAGCGAAGCGCUGCUGCUGACCGUGCGCAAGGAGGGGCCCAACCAGGGCAGGCGCUUCUACAAGUGCAACGCUGGUGCCUGCAACUUUUUCCUCUGGGCCGAUCAGCAGCCAGAGGACAGAAAUGAGGCGGCUCCACGGGGCUUUGCAGGAAGGGGCCCUGGGGCUGGGAGAGGCCCCGAGCUGUUUGGCAGCAGCAGCGCGGAGCGGGGAGGCAGCACGGUGUGCAGGUGCGAGCAGCCGGCUGUCACACGCACUGUGCAGAAGGACGGGCCCAACAAAGGGCGCCAGUUCCACACCUGCGCCAAGCCCCGCGACCAGCAGUGCGGCUUCUUCCAGUGGGCAGAUGAAAACGUGGCACCAGGGCCUUCAGGAGAUGCCCCUCUCAACCACUUUGGGAGCAGCGGAUACUCAAGAGGGUUGGGAAGUAAAGCCAAGAGACCAAGUAGCCUGGCCCCAGGAGCUGCUGUCAAGAAACCACGGACUUGUAGCAUCUGCCACCAGCCUGGCCACACUAGGAAAACCUGCCCUCAAAACCACUGAGCCUGGAAGGACAUCUCUUGGGAGCCUGAAAGCUCCAGGGUUGUGAGCUGCCCCAGGCACACCUGCUGCCAAAAGGAAGUGGGGUCCAGAGCCAAGCGUGGGGUGCUUUGUAGCAAGGCAGCGUGCAGGCUGCUCCUGCCCUGCCCAGGGCCACCAGCCUCAUGCAGGCAUCGCCUGCCCAGGCACCAAGGGCUCAGCCAGCUUUGAAAGGUGGCUCCACUGCUGCUGGCAGCCUUUGUUUUUUCAGCUGCUCUUCUGCUGAGCAGAUUGGGAUAGUCUGAACAUUUCAAGGAGGCACUUGGGAUCAGGAUCCGCAGAGCAAGCCACAGUGGAUCUGGUCUGCGUGCAGCCUUUCUGCACAGGGAGGAGGGAGCAGCGCUGCUAGGACAGGCACCAGGGCUGCUCAGCUCUUCAGGCCCCUCUUUCCCACAGCAGGGAGUUUCAAGUUCCUUUCUAAGUUGAUACCACCUGAGCAACGUUCCCCCUGUCCCGGUGCCACAGCCCUUACCUUGGUUGUCCCUGCUGGUGACAGAAGGCCCGGUGCAGAGAAGCUGGAUGCAGUGCUUGCCCUGAUAGGGAAGCUCAGCUGCAGUGCUGAGGCAAAGCCUCCAUUUUAGACAGUUGCUGAAUUUGAAACAGAGUUCUUCCUCAAACCUAGAGAGUUAUCUCCAUGCUGCUGCUAGCUAGUGGAAGUUAUUUUUGUCCAAUUAAUAAGUUUCUUAUUAAAAGGUUAUUUAAUUUUUUAA